AUGAGAAACUUACUAAAUAAAAAAAAAAGCAUAUAAUUGUGCAAAAAAGUUUAAGGAGAUUCCAUAUUUCAAGAUAAAAGUUAUUCGGAUUAAAAAUCAUCCACAAAGCAAAUUCUUUUUUAUUUGUUUAGUUCUAAAAAAAUUAGCUUUGGUUUGCAUCAAUACUCUUUUAUUGUUUUCUGCUCUGCUUUUCAAAGUCGAAGAAAGAAGCUUUAUCAUUUAUUAAACCUAACUAACCAUAUUUCUAUUUAAAGCAGUAUUUGGACUCAUUUAAGCGCUUACUCUAUAAUCUGA